CAAUAGCCUUGUUUGAUUAUAAUUAUGUUGUCCCAUUUCAGACCUUUUGUAGAUUUGUGGUUAAAUCAGUUGACCCGAUUUCAGAAUGUUGGCGAAAGUAAUGGCAAAAUAUGCUUUUAGAACAUUUUUUAUCGAAUUUCAGUAAUAUAAUAAGACAGGUUUUAUACCAAUACAUUACAAUGUAUGGAAAGAAAGGUUUAUCAUGUAUUUGAAAAUAUAAACAUAUUACUCUGUAACCAAAUUGCUGAAACUACACAUUUAACUUAAAAUACAACAUUUUUUAGAUGGCAGCAUCAGUAACACCUCUUAUUGAGGAGCUUGACCUCAGUGUCAUCAGUGUUGGCGCAGAAGAGGAAAUGCAUAUUAUGUACCUGGAUGAAAACAGAAAUGAACUGGAUAAAGUUUGUCAGUCUACCCCUAAAGGUGUUCAACAGCUGAUUGGUACUAUCGAUCCCGAUGCCACAAAACGCAAGAUACUGUUGUGCGCGUUGUGUGAAUUUAACACCACACACAAAAAUAGUCUUACAAGGCAUAUGUCCAGAAAGCACACCUCUAUUUAUGAUGUUUUUGAAUGCGAUCAGUGUGGCAAGAUUUAUAAAAGCAAGGACACCUUGAACGAUCACGUUCGAGGGUACCAUAAUGGAGAGUUUAAGUGCUCUCAAUGCUUCAAAUAACUCUCCACCAGAGGAAGCCUCAGAAAGCAUGAAUCUCAAGUACAUGGAGAUAAGGAAGGUCCAUGAAAUGACAAAUCACUCAAUUUGUGAUUUAUUAAGGAAAGUUCAUAGUUAAGUUCAUUGUAUUUCCACUUUCCUUGUUUCUGAACAGGCAUAUGAAUAAUAAUGUUUGCAAAUGGGUGUUCAUCAUUGAAAUGCCUCAGGAAGUCAUUUAGGUAAUGUGAUUUAAAAGUGCAUAUUCCACAUUUCUUCCUCGGAUCUGGAACAAAAAUGAACAUAUGGUUUAAAUUUCACUUAAUGCCAAAACGAUCACAGUGGGAUAAACUUUGGAGAAUUGUUGGUAUUGCUGUAAUCCUGUACCGGAUACAUUCGUCUCAUGCACCGCAUACACUUGUAUUCUACACCGCUCACAUUCGGAUAAAUUCCUAUAAUGCACCGCAUACACUCGUAUUCUACACCGGUAACAUUCCGAUCACAUCAAUCAGUGGGCCGUGUUACACUCGUUUCCAUGACAUUUCACAAGCGUAUCCUCUGGGAAAAGAUAAAUCCUUCUCUUCCUCACUCUACGGGGGAUCAUA